AUUCGCGUGUGAAUAAGACAGGAAGAGCUAAAUGUGAAGGUUCUCAAUACAAGGCAUCUUGUUACAUAUACAUAUAUAGAUAUAUUUAUAUACAUAUACACGGGUAUGUGUAUAAAUAUAUGUAGAAAGAGAGAGAAAUAAAUUUAGUUUUAGUUUAGUAUUAGUUUAAGUUUUAUAAUCAUAAGCAAACUUUAAAUUAAUGUGGUAAAAAAAAUCGAUAGAAUAUCGAUUCUAGUUUUAGUUUCACCAGAGAAUAAGUAGGCGAUAAAUUUGCAUCAAGACUCUGGAAUUUGCUCUUGAUUUCCAUUGGAAAAUAUAUGAAAAGAGACUGAAAGUGGAAGGUAGCGGGAAGGAAAUUGCACGUGUUAGCUAGUGCAAUGUCAAUUCAUCGCGGUGGACCUCCAGGUGCCGUCGCAGCAGUAUCAUACAACUCAAUGGCGUCGUUAUCACCAACAAGAAGGUUCAGCAGCAGUACCACCGGGACAACGACCUCCAGUGGGAUCAGCAGUGGAACAACAACCACUAAAUUCAAUACCUGUCGGUCAUCAAAGGCACUUGACCACACUAAUUACAGCUCACCAACGUCCACCAGUUAUCUAUCUGGGUCUAGAAAAAAUCACUAUUCCCCUGCAAGGUCAGUCUCAUCGUACAGUGAAGGCGGGUCGGUCUCGUUGGCAGCCAGUAAGCUGCCGCCAAAAUUUUCAUCAACAUCAACCUCGUCAGCAUCCUCAACCACCUCAUCUGCCUCAUCUGCUUCAAACAAUCGUGAACGUUUCAGUUUACCAGCGUCGAGUAAUUUGAGUCUAUCGGACGGUGAAUUUCGUUCAAAAUAUUCACCAGACAAUUAUGUGCCCAGUAUAUACCGCAACAACAGCAACAGCAGCCUCAGUAGUAACAGCAGUACACUGAAUGGUCACUGUAAAUCAUUUCCAUUGUCAUCCUCAACCAGUGGCCUUGCUGAGCUACACGGUGGCGACGAACGUGACUCAAUUGGCUAUCGUGAACACCGUGAUCGUUCGUACUCAAACGAAAUAUCCAGCUCACUCGUCGGUGGUGACAGAUGGUCCUCCACCAGUAAUCGACACAUUAAACGAAGAAAUAAUCCACUAAACACGGUGUUGACCGGAAGUGAUGAAAUUGACAGCGCCCCGGCGGCUACCGAGGUAACUCAUCAUCCGUCAUCAUCAUCAUCAUCAUCAUUGGAACAAGACCACGAUAUUAUUCCAGAUAUCGCGAGAAAUAAUCUUCACCAUGGCAAUGUCAACAACACUGCUAUUGCUCUUGUUGACAAUGACAACAACAACGCCAACAAUAACAAUGACCAUGACCCUCAACAACAACCACAACAACAACAAUACGCAGACGACGAGCAUCGUAUUAUUAUUAACAAUCAUCAUGACCACGACUAUAGUAACGGUGACCACGCCAAUGACGAUAAUAAUUUAAACCAUCACGGUCAUCCGACGUUGGCUGACCAUACGCAAAGAUCAUCCUCUGCAAUACCAUCAUCCUUACCAAUAAUAACAACAACUUCAUCAACAUUAACCACCGCCACAACCCUUUUACAGUCAUCAUCUCCUUCCUCUUCAUCCCUAUCAUCGUUCACUGAUCAUCAGUUUACGAGUCCCGUAGAUUCUCCUGCUUCCGAAUCAUACAAUUCCACAGCAACGACACCAAUGGCUAUCGGGCCGAUAACCAGUGUCACUGAUAAUGAAAAUAGUUACAAUACUUUGUCGUCUUUGUCAGUCACGUCUGGUGAUGGUGAUGGUAGUGCUGCUGCACCCGCUGAUCAUAGAGCUUGCUCGUGGACUAAAAUACAACCACCCACUAAUCCCGAUAACAAUACGGAGUUGCUGACUAACAAUAAUCACCAGGAUAAUUCCUGUAAUAAUUCUGUUUUAUUUGGAGGCACUUUUACCAGAGAAAUCUCUUCUUUAGGAGAUACUCUGUUAGAGAGCUCGGUCCCCUCUAUAACUAGUGCGCGCUUGUCUAUUCGUGAUAGUAGUAAUAAUUCGCCAACACAAUGGACAUUAUCAAAUGAUAGUAAUCAGUAUAAUAAUCAACAACAGCAGCAGCAACAACAACAACAGCAAAGUCACCACCAUCAAGUAAUCAAGAGAGACACCAACAACUGUGAUAAUGAUGCUGAUGAUGGAUUUGAUGAAAUAAGUCUGGAUCCCAGUGACACCGAAAAUAAUUUAUUAGAUAAAAAUUUAUCAAACAUCGCAUCAACAGAUAGUGUAAUUGAAAAUUUAAAAGAUAAUGAUUCAGAGGUGGACAGCAUCAUGAUUCAGAGCUGGAAAGGGCACACAGGUGGGAAUCCCAGUAGUAUAGUAGACGAUACCAAGGUGACAUCGAGACCCGCGGGAACUCACAAUGAUGAUUCAGGAAAAGCAUCAACCUCCAGAUCACUCUUCGACUGGGAUGAUUCUCCGAGCGAUGCCGCUUCCCGUUUUAAUCCAUCAUCCUCGUCAUCCACGUCAUCGACAGCGGCAAACAACACGUCCAAUUCACCAGUCGGUGUUCAUCAGGCCAUUUCUCGUGGAGUCAACGAGCAGAUUGAGGAGAGUUCGAGCUCAAGGCCACCAAGAAGUAGUCGGAUACCAACACGACGGGAUGAGAACUAUGGCCUUAAUGGAUUGAGAAAUAUUGGAAAUACAUGUUUUAUGAAUAGCGUGAUCCAAUGUCUCAGCAACACGAAGCCAUUACUUGAGUACCUGUUAAACGAACAGUACUUGAAUGACAUUAAUCAAUCAACGUCCAGCAUGAAAGGUGCCUUGAUAAAAGUUUUCGCCCAGGUUAUUAAUGAAUUGUGGGAAAGCAGCGGCGAUCAUGUAGUCAAUACCUCCUCAUUGAAACAUCAAAUCCAAAGAUUUGCCCCCCGAUUUAUGGGUUACGCCCAGCAGGAUGCUCAAGAAUUUCUCCGAUAUUUGUUGGAAGGGUUACACGAGGACGUAAACAGAGUUGCUGUCAAACCACAGCCUAUUUUAACAGAUAUACCUGAUAACUUUACAGACAGCCAAAAAGCGGCUGAAAGUUGGAAGAGAUAUUUACGCAGUGAGGACAGUACUAUUGUUGAUGUGUUUGUCGGACAACUUCGUUCUUCUCUUCAGUGUACGUCCUGCGAUCACAUUUCAGUUACCCUAGAUCCAUUUUGGGAUUUAAGUUUGCCAAUACCCGCACGAAGUGGUACAGUUAAACUUAAUCAGUGUCUAGAACACUUUACAAAGACAGAGAUAAUGGAUGGUGAUGAAAAACCCACGUGUUCCAAAUGCCAGAUGAGAAGAAAGUGCACCAAGCGAUUUAGCAUUCAAAAGUUUCCCAAGAUUUUAGUUAUUCAUUUAAAAAGAUUUUCACCAACGGAGAGAUUUCGCGCGAAACUGAGUGUGCUAGUUGAUUUUCCACUUACGGGGUUGGAUCUCAGUGCCUUUGCCGCAACAGGCGUUCAAGGAUGUACGUACAAUUUAUACGGAGUAGCCAAUCACUCGGGUACACCAUACUCGGGUCAUUACACCGCCUACUGCAAGCAUCCAUACUCUGGUGAAUGGCACGAGUACAACGACAGCAGAGUGUCAUCAGUGUCAGCAAGUUCGGUUAUUUCCAGUGAAGCGUACGUCCUUUUCUAUGAACAACAGACACAGUCGCAGCAGCAACAAUCAUCACAAUCAUCUCAACAGCAGCAACAGCCCCUUAGUCAUCACUUGUAACCACACGCCACACUUUUUAGUGUACAAUAUCGUCAUGCCUCGUGAGGAUUUUAUAUAAAUAAUAAUGUAAUACCUCAAGUCCAGUGUGUGACAAUUGUGACUCGACGGCUUCUUAGUCGGGCGAGUGCAGCAACAACUAAAUAAAAUAAUUAAAGCAACUCGACAUCCGGAAGAUAAUUAUUAUGUACCACUAAGUGUUGGUGUAAUAAUAAUAAAAAUAAUAAUAACAAAAAAAAGAAGAAAAAAAAUUAAAAAACAUAUUAUAUAUAAUGCGUUAAUGAUGACGGUUUUAGGUAUGAUAUUUAUUAGCCAAAAUAGGCGGACAGCUGCAUUUCUUUUUGAUAUAUAUUCAUUUUGUUGCUUGCUUUUUAUAUUAAUUUCUUCUUUAAUUGACUGUCUAAUUAAUAUUCUCAUGGUAAAAGACUUAGUACUUAAUCAGGGAACUACUACUAGAUCAUUUAAUGUAUUUAGUAAAUAGAUAUACAAAUAUAUGAGUGAUCGGGUACUGAGUCUCUUACGUUGUUUUACUAAAAACAAAAUUUAAUUAUGUAUACUCGACUUUUGAAUUGUAUUUUACUUUAUUUUAUUAUUUUUUUUUCGUAGAAUUGAAUUUAUUUAUUAUAUAAAAAUUAGUUAUUUUUAUUAUACAUUUCUCACAAACAUUGACUAAUUGAAUACAGUUUUAAUAAAUGUAUUUAAAUUAUAUGUAAAAAAAAAAUCUUUUGAAUUUUACGUAGGAAAUAAUUGUAAAAAAAAGAAGAUAUAUUUCUAAAUCAAUUUCACGUAAGCUUCGUAUUUUUGGAACAAAAAUAAUGAAAUCCACGUUCCGGAUGUCUAGUUACUUUUUUAAAUUAGAAGAAAUAAAGAAAUUAAUGAUAAUGUUUAUCUUUCUCACUUUAAAUCCAGUAAGUAAAUCCCGAAAAUAAAUGAUAUGAUAAAAAUAAAAACAACAAUAAUAAUAACAACAAAUCACCUGAUAAAUCUAUGGCUAUAUAUUUACUUUUGUAAAAUAUUUUUGUUUUAUUUUCAAACAGUCAAGAAUUAUUUAUUUAAUUUAUGGAAAGAGAAAGAGAGAUAUAAAUAAAAUUAAA